AUGUCGCAACAAUAUCCUCAGCAAGGUGCGCCGGGACAGGAGGGGUAUCCCCAACAACCACCUGCAGAACAGAACUAUGGGAACUUCGACACAAAUGCUCCGUCCGGGGUGCCGCCUGUUCCUGCCCCAGGUCCGACUCAUGGGGGUCGAAAGAAACGUGCAUAUGCAGGACAAGCCUAUGAGUUUGGUGCUGGGGCAAAUGCGGCCCUUGGAGGUCAACAGCAAGCUGGCGGCGCAUACUCGGGUUACUCCGCCCAGCAAGACGCGGCCGGCUAUCCUCAGGGUGGCUAUCAGCAAAAUCCUACAGCGGUACAACAAGGUGCAACACCUAUGUAUCCCGGCCACGAAGCUGCAGCAGUGGGUGGUUAUCAGCCUCCAGCUCCAGGCUAUCCAGCCGGCGGUGUCGCGGGAAUGACACAACAAUUUGGUCAGAUGGACAUGUCCCAGAAGCCUCCUGUUGUCCCGGCACCGCAGCAGCCUCGUGCUCCGAUCUUGAAUCAAUUGUAUCCCACAGAUCUUUCAAAUCAGCCAUUGAAUGUUGCAGAAUUGGACUACCCACCCCCCCCGGCGAUUCUCCCCCCCAACACCAGUGUGACACCUUCUCCAUACGCCAACUGUCCGCCCAAAUAUGUUCGAUCCACUCUGAACGCUGUCCCGACAACACACUCUCUCCUUAAACGGUCCAAACUGCCAUUUGCGCUCGUCAUCCAACCAUACACAUCUCUUCACGAUGUUGAAGAUCCGGUUCCCAUUGUCCCAGAUCAGGUUAUCUCCCGUUGCAGAAGAUGUCGAUCAUACAUCAAUCCCUUUGUAACGUUCCUAGACCAUGGUCAUCGAUGGAGAUGUAAUAUGUGCAACCUCACGAAUGAUGUCCCACAGGCAUUUGAUUGGGAUGCCGCUUCUCAGAAGAGUCUGGACAGAUGGCAGAGACCUGACCUGAACCAUGCUGUGGUUGAAUUCAUUGCUCCGCAAGAGUAUAUGGUUCGUCCCCCACAGCCCCUGGUGUAUCUCUUUUUGUUGGAUGUGAGUUACGCUGCUGUCACCAGUGGGCUUCUGGCAACAACCGCAAGAUGCAUUCGAGAAAGUCUGGAUCGGAUACCAAAUGCUGAUCGCCGUACGAGACUCGGAUUUAUUGCAGUGGAUUCGAGCUUACACUUUUUCAACAUUCCCCGAGACGGCAUCGAAAACACCCAGACUAGUAUGCUGGUUGUCAGUGACUUAGAAGAAGCCUUUUUGCCCACUCCCGCCGAUUUACUGGUGACUCUGUCCGAAUGUCGGGAGAACAUUGAAAACUUUCUCGACAAGCUCCAAGAAAUGUUCCAAAACACCCAGAAUGGAGCAUCCGCGAUGGGAUCGGCCCUUCGAGCAGGCCACAAGCUCAUUGGUCCUGUUGGGGGCAAGAUGACAGUGGUGACAGCUUCGCUGCCCAACAUUGGUCACGGCAAGCUCGACAUGCGUGAGGACAAGAAACUUUUGGGCACCUCGAAGGAAAGCAGCUUACUUCAGACCGGUAACAGCUUUUACAAGAGUUUUGCAGUCGAGUGCUCGAAACAACAGAUCUCAGUUGACAUGUUCCUGUUCUCAUCACAGUAUCAGGAUGUUGCUUCGCUAAGCAAUCUUCCCCGAUACACUGGCGGACAGACAUACUUCUACCCUGGCUGGAAUGCUGCACGAGAAGACGAUGCCAUGAAGUUUGCCAAAGAAUUCUCCGACUACUUGUCUGCCGAAAUUGGUCUGGAGGCAGUCCUCCGUGUCAGAGCCACGACUGGUUUGAGAAUGAGCACUUUCUAUGGUAACUUUUUCAAUCGCAGUUCGGAUCUCUGUGCAUUCCCGGCCUUUCCGCGAGACCAGAGCUACGUGGUCGAAGUGGCAAUUGACGAAACAAUCACCAAGCCGGUUGUAUGUAUGCAGACCGCUGUUUUGCAUACCACUUGCAAUGGUGAACGACGAAUCCGAGUCAUGACAUUGGCUCUCCCAUCCACACAGCAAUUGGCAGAUGUGUACGCGUCUGCAGAUCAACAAGCAAUCACCACUUAUUUCAGUCACAAAGCUGUUGAACGAACUCUGAAUGGUGGCCUGGACAGUGCUCGUGAUAUGAUUCAAGCUAAGUUGGUCGAACUGCUCGCCACCUACAAGAAAGAGCUAGCCGGGGGCAGCAUGGGUGGUGGUGGUCUACAAUUCCCUGCCAACCUUCGAGGUCUUCCUGUUCUAUUUCUAGCCUUGACCAAGAAUCUGGGUCUGAGAAGGUCGUCACAAAUUCCAACCGACAUGCGGUCUGCGGCUCUGUGUCUUCUAUCGACCUUACCUCUCCCAUUGCUGAUCCAGUACAUCUAUCCGAAGAUGUUUUCUCUGCACGAUAUGCCAGAUGACGCAGGAACCGUGGAUGAGAAGACCGGCGAGAUCAUCCUUCCUCCGCCAGUCAACCUAUCUUCCGAACGUAUUGUCCCUUAUGGGUUGUACCUCAUCGACGAUGGCCAGACGCAAUUUCUCUGGGUGGGUCGCGAUGCUGUUCCGCAAUUGAUCAUUGACGUCUUCGGCCUUUCAGACAAGAGUCAACUCAAGGUUGGGAAACAACGAUUGCCAGAGUUGGAUAAUGAUUUCAACGAGCGAGUCAGAGCAGUCAUUUCCAAGAGUCGGGAUUACAAGUCGAAGGGAGUCGGAAGCAUCAUUGUGCCUCAUAUGUAUGUGGUGAAAGAGGAUGGAGAGCCAGGAUUGAGGCUGUGGGCACAGACAAUGCUGGUGGAGGACAGAGCAGACCAAGGUGUCAGCUUCCAGCAAUGGAUGGGAAUGAUGCGCGAGAAGGUACAGUGA